CUUCUUCAGUUGGAGAAUAUGAAGAUGCAUUUUUCAUUUCUCCAACACUGCUUCGAGUCAUCAGAGUGUUUCGUGUCGGUCGAAUUCUACGUCUCGUCAAAUCUGCUAAAGGCAUACGCACACUUCUGUUUUCCCUGGCAGUGUCCCUUCCCGCCCUUUUCAACAUCGGCCUUUUGCUUGGUCUAGUCAUGUUCAUCUAUGCCAUCAUGGGUAUGAAUUUCUUUCAGAGUUGUCCCCAGAAGUUUGGACUCAAUGAUGUCUUCAAUUUUGACACCUUUAUAAGCAGUUUCAUUCUCCUAUUUCAAAUGUGCACCAGUGCUGGAUGGAGCGAUGUUCUCAAUGGACUUAUUUCUGAAUGUCCAGACAAAGGAAGCUGCCGAGAAUACAACAUAGCUGCGCCAUAUUUAGCAUCGUACUUAAUCAUCACUUUUCUAGUGGUCAUCAACAUGUACAUCGCUGUCAUCUUGGAGAACUUCAGUCAGGCUACAGAGGAUGUUCAGCAAGGUUUGACUCCGGAUGACUUUGAUAUGUACUACGAGAAGUGGGAAAAGUUUGAUCCCAAGGCAACCAAGUACAUACCUCUGGACCAGUUGUCUGACUUUGUGGACUAUCUGGAGGAGCCUUUGAGACUACCUAAGCCUAAUCACUUCAUUCUGGUCAAACUAGACAUCCCUAUAUGUGAGCAUGAUCGAUGCUACUGUCGGGAUAUUCUUGAUGCUCUGACUAAAAACUUCCUGGGCACAUCAGAGACUGUGGAAAUUCCUCACAAAGAAAAUGACAAGGAUAAAGCAGAGUACAAACAGAUCAGUUCUACGUUGCGGCGGCAGAAAGAACACUAUGCAGCUAGGAUCAUACAGAAAGCCUACAGAAAUUUUAAAGGCAUCACUUUAGACCCUCUACAAGAAAGCUAUGAUGAAGAAACAGAUGAUGAUUCGCGUAGUGGUAGUGGUGAUGUUGAUCGAUCCAGUUCUAACUCUUCGGGCAAAGGCAAAAGAGGUGAUAAGUCAGGAGGAGGGAACCUCCCACCUCCGCCUUCGUACAGUGACGUCAUGAAAAAAGAGAGGGAAUAUCAAGAAAAAAGAGACACAAAAGGUGACAGGUCUAAAAGAACCAACGGGGAAUCAUCCUCUAGCAAGAAAAGUGACGACAGAUGUGAACGGACAAAUGGUCAAAACAAAAGUAUUUCCAGGAGAGCUAGCGAGAAUGUGACUGUUGCUCAAGUUAAUGAAACUGACUGCUAUCCAAAAACAGUGGAGCUUGGUCCGGAUAGUGGGAUUGUAGCAUGA